CGGACAUGCCCAAUUCCUCUCUUCGUUUGUGACCGACUCGUCCUCAAAACCUCGCCUGCUGGAGUAGUUGCUUCACCUCUUGCUUUUCCUUCGUCCCUGCCCUCCUCGACGUUCUUGCCAGGUGAGAACACGGGGAUCAUACAACAGCGGACGUAUGAAGGCGACUUGAAAAAGGCUCAGUAUGGCGGUAUCUAUGCAUAGUGCAAAACUUGUUGGCCUGAUACUGGAGGGUAUGGUGUAUGGAUGCCUUUUUACCCUGUUUGUUAUUGUCUUGAUAGUCCAAGCACGGUCUGGACGUCGAUUCGAGCUCGCACAGUAUAAUUGCAUACUCAUGUUCGCUCUUGCCACAGUCCAUCUAGUCCUGGACUCUAUCCGGGCGUACAAUACCUUCAUUCGUAAAGACCAAUCUAUACACAACGUCGACAACUUCCAAGACCCGUUCUCAUAUGUACGGAUUGGGAUCUUUUGGUGGAUGACUUUGACGUGUGAUGCCGUCUUGAUCGUAAGGUGCUGGGUACUGUAUAGAGGACGCAGGAAGAUAGUCAUUCCAGCGGUACUCGGUUUUAUAGGCGACCUCGUAUCUUUGGUAGGCAUUGCCAGAGUUUGGAGCCAAGUCGACGUCGAAUACUGGACCGAAUCAUUACAGAAAUGGUCCAUAUGUUACUUCAUCCUGACAUUAUGCACAAACUUUUACUCGACAGUGGCAAUCUCCUGGUGGUGUUUCUCUAGUGGACGACGGAUAACACCUCGCAUGAGGAUCCAGGUCGUGCUACCUGUGUUGUUCGUUGUUGUGGAGAGCGGCGCUAUAUACACCAUGGGCAUGCUUUCUACCAUCAUAGCCCAUGCAGCCGACUCGAACUCUAUGUUCGCCGUCCUAGACUUUAUGCCAUCGCUCAUAGCUUUAAGCUAUACACUGAUUGUGCUCCAGCUCAAACUACGAGCGCAACCCGACCUUCUCGUUCCGGACACACGACAUUCCUCGGAGCACGAGGUCGGCGAUAUCUCUACCAGAGUGACGGAGACAGAUACCACACAUACGCACCAGCAUUCACAACAACAUCGAGAAGCGAUCUCUUUCAUUCUCCCUGCCAAGCAUGAUGGUGCCGUGUAGCCUUCUCUCACCACCUAUGGUGCAAACGGCUUAGACGCCGCCACUUCUGUACACAACGUUGAGGACGGUGCCGCGGGCCGAGAUUUGAGAAUUUUCACUAUCCCUCUUCCAGAAACACUCCUUUUGAUGUAAGGAAGAGUUCCUCUAGAGGGAUUAUCCAAAUUCUCAAAACUGGCAAAGAUGAACUUUUGGAUUUGGCCACCCCGCCAAAUAAUAAUAUUUAAUUCAUUUGUUUAUUAUUUUCCGAAAACC